AGGGCCCUGGCCUCGCCUCUUCAAUUUUAGCCUCUGUCUCUUGUUCCCCAUACCCAUUGCCUGCUACCUUAGUAUUAGCUACCACCAGCACUUUGCUAUUCUAUUACUGUUGAGCUUUUCAUUUGCUGUCUCUUCCAUCAGCUGUCAAUGCCGAUGAUCUCGUUUCUUAUGCAUGCCCAGGCGUUUCCACUGUCGUGUCUGGCCUAUUUCCCUUUCCUCUUGUCUGUCACUCCUGGUCUUCACGAUUGAUUUCAAUGACUUUCAUCUCCUGCCUCUGUCGUUUCUUCUUUCUUGCCGCUUGUAUACCUUGUGCCUAGCCAUCACCUUCUCACUACCACAUUUGUUGGUCUACCUGCCAGCCUGGCACACCUUCAGAAGGCUUUCCAAACGCCAUUUGACAUAUAAAGUCACCGUCUGCUAUCCCCGUCCCCAAACCACUUUUCCAUCCUGCCCUUCUUGUUUUGCAGCCUCUCUUCGUCCACGGCUCACUUGUUGGACUGGUUCCUACCUGUCAGCUUCCUAUAUUGCGACUAUCUUGGAAGCACCCGGGGUGCCACGAGCUUUCGCUCCUCGCACUGAAGCUUUCUGGCUCCUCUGAACCGUCGCUAUCCUCGAGGCUCAGAAAACAACACAGACGUAUCCUUGGAUUGAGCUUAUCCACCUUGUUCGAGGUCGUUCUUCUACAUUCGCUGGAAAUUUCACAUCGCGUACGGUAACCCG